UAUACAUAUAUCAAAAUAUGGAAAAAGAAGAAACCAUAAGAAACUCUAGUGUUGUUCAAGUUCCACAUUCUUCUUCUUCUUCUCAAGUCAUGUUGUUUAAGGGAAAACAACCAAUGGUGGAUGAAGUGGAUUUCUUUGCUAUCAAGAAUAUGAGUCCAUUUAAUCAUGAACAAAUAGAGCAUCAUCAUCACGUAGAUACUUGUUUAGAUCUUCUAACAAAGAUUUCUCCUAGCAACAAACCCGAUGACGUCGAAUCUGAUGCAACAAUUAAGUAUGUUGCCUUGGCAGCUGAAUUGCACCAAAUGAAUGUUGAAAAUCAGCAUUUAACAGAUCUGCUUGAUAGACUCAGAAUUAGUUACAAAGAGUUAGAAGAGCGUGUUCUACGCCUAAAGCAGAAACAAAAUUCACAAGCUAAGACAACAGUUCGAGGGUGGAUCUCAAACAAAGUUCCAAGAGUGGUUUCUGAUCAAGCAUCUGAAUCAAUGAUGAAGAAAGCUCGUGUAUCAGUUAGGGCAAAAUCAGAAGCAUCUAUGAUUUCGGAUGGAUGUCAAUGGAGAAAGUAUGGGCAGAAGAUGGCGAAGGGGAAUCCACAUCCAAGAGCUUAUUAUCGUUGCACAAUGGGGACUACAUGUCCCGUUCGGAAACAAGUACAAAGGUGUGGUAAUGAUAGAAGUGUGUUGGUUACAACAUAUGAAGGACAACAUGAUCAUCCUCUUCCACCCGCAGCUAAAACAAUGGCAUCAACAACAACAUCAGCGGCAUCCAUGCUUCUUUCAGGACCAAUGAUAAGUGCGGAUGGUUUUAUACAUCCAACAAUGUUAGAAAGCUCGUCACUCCCUUGUUCACACAACAUAACACUCUCGGCUUCUGCUCCAUUUCCAACUAUCACAUUAGAUCUCACUCAAAGUCCUACCAAUAAUUCAUCACAGGGUCAGUUUAGCCUCUUUCAACCUAUUUUGCCUCAGAAAUUUAUGUCAGCUUCAAAUAUUUUGGGAAUGGAAAAUGAUUCAUUUGUUAACACACCUAAUGCUGCAACAACUGCUAUGACUUCUAAUCCAGAAUUCCAAGCUGCUCUUGUUGCUGCAAUAACUUCUUUUAUAGAAAGUAGUUCAAAUUGACAACAAUGGAUUGCCAAUGGUAU